AUGCUGCAGAACGUUGCUUCCAGCCUGGGCAUGACCUACAAGUGCCCAGUGCAGGAGCUGGAGUUCAGUUUGGACUGCAGAAGGAUCUGCCAGACGUGUGGAAAGGGCUCACGUAAGAGAGAGGACUUCACCAACCUCUCUCUGGACCUUUGUGCUGAAACUACCACCGACAAACUUCUGGAGAAUUAUCUGAAGCCGACCCAGCUGGAGUAUAACUGCACCUGUAAAGGUCAAGUUUCCACCAUGUCAGCGAUGUUCUCAACUCUCCCAAACAUCCUGGUUCUUCACCUGAAGCGGUACAGGUACACACGCGAUUACCGACUGGAGAAAGUGCACGAUGGCAUGAGCAUCGACAAAGCUCUGGUGCUGUCCACAGAAAACACUGCGGCUCGUUUCAGUCUGGUCGGGGUCAUCUCUCACCUCGGAGAUAAUGCAAAGUCUGGACAUUACAUCUUUGAAGGCAGAAGUCCGGACCAUGACCUGAAUAACCAGGGCGACGGCUGGUUGUGCUAUAACGACAGCCAAGUGUUCAAGAGCAGCAGAAGUGACGUCUGCAAGAACCGACAGAGGAGCGCAUACAUCCUGUUCUACCAGAGGACAUGUGGGACAAAAAGCACAGACAGGAAGUGA